AUGCUGCGCCUGGGGCUGUGUGCUGCCGCCCUGCUGUGUGUGUGCCGGCCGGGCGCCGUGCGCGCCGACUGCUGGCUCAUCGAGGGUGACAAGGGGUACGUGUGGCUGGCCAUCUGCAGCCAGAACCAGCCCCCCUACGAGACCAUCCCGCAGCACAUCAACAGCACCGUGCACGACCUGCGGCUCAACGAGAACAAGCUCAAGGCCGUGCUGUACUCCUCGCUCAACCGCUUCGGGAACCUCACCGACCUCAACCUCACCAAGAACGAGAUCUCUUACAUCGAGGACGGCGCCUUCCUGGGCCAGUCGAGCCUGCAGGUCCUGCAGCUGGGCUACAACAAACUCAGCAACCUGACCGAGGGCAUGCUGCGCGGCAUGGGCCGCCUGCAGUUCCUCUUCGUGCAGCACAACCUCAUCGAGGUGGUGACGCCCGCCGCCUUCUCCGAGUGCCCGAGCCUCAUCAGCAUCGACCUGUCCUCCAACCGCCUCAGCCGCCUGGAUGGCGCCACCUUCGCCAGCUUGGCCAGCCUCAUGGUGUGCGAGCUGGCCGGCAACCCCUUCAACUGUGAGUGCGACCUCUUCGGCUUCCUGGCCUGGCUGGUGGUCUUCAACAACGUCACCAAGAACUAUGACCGCCUGCAGUGCGAGUCCCCGCGCGAGUUCGCCGGCUACCCGCUGCUGGUGCCCCGGCCCUACCACAGCCUCAAUGCCAUCACCGUGCUCCAGGCCAAGUGCCGCAACGGCUCGCUGCCCGCCCGGCCCGCCAGCCACCCCACGCCCUACUCCACCGACGCCCAGCGGGAGCCCGACGAGAACUCGGGCUUCAACCCCGACGAGAUCCUCUCGGUGGAGCCGCCGGCCUCGUCCACCACGGAUGCGUCGGCGGGGCCCGCCAUCAAGCUGCACCACGUCACCUUCACCUCGGCCACCCUGGUGGUCAUCAUCCCGCACCCCUACAGCAAGAUGUACGUCCUGGUCCAGUACAACAACAGCUACUUCUCCGACGUCAUGACGCUCAAGAACAAGAAGGAGAUCGUCACGCUGGACAAGCUGCGGGCGCACACCGAGUACACCUUCUGUGUGACCUCGCUGCGCAACAGCCGCCGCUUCAACCACACCUGCCUGACCUUCACCACGCGGGACCCCGUCCCGGGCGACCUGGCGCCCAGCACCUCCACCACCACCCACUACAUCAUGACCAUCCUGGGCUGCCUCUUCGGCAUGGUCGUCGUGCUGGGCGCCGUCUACUACUGCCUGCGUAAGCGGCGUGUGCAGGAGGAGAAGCAGAAGUCGGUCAAGGUCAAGAAAACCAUUCUGGAGAUGCGCUAUGGGGCAGACGUAGAUGCCGGCUCUGUGGUCCACGCCGCCCAGAAGCUGGGCGAACCCCCCGUGCUGCCCGUGUCCUGCAUGUCCUCCAUCCCCUCCAUGAUCGGGGAGAAGCUGCCCACCUCCAAGGGGCUGGAGGCCGGGCUGGACACACCCAAGGUGGCCACCAAGGGCAACUAUAUCGAGGUGCGCACGGGCACGGGCGGGGAUGGCCUGGCCCGGCCCGAGGAUGACCUCCCGGACCUGGAGAAUGGCCAGGGCUCGGCCGCUGAGAUCUCCACCAUCGCCAAGGAGGUGGACAAGGUCAACCAGAUCAUUAACAAUUGCAUUGAUGCCCUCAAGCUGGACUCGGCCUCAUUCCUGGGGGGGGGUGGCGGCGGCGGGGACCCCGAGCUGGCCUUCGAGUGCCAGUCCCUCCCCGCGGCCGCCGCCGCCUCCUCGGCCGCCGCCCCCGGGGCGCUGGAGCGCCCCAGCUUCCUCUCACCCCCCUACAAGGAGAGCUCCCACCACCCCCUCCAGCGCCAGCUGAGCGCCGACGCCGCCGUGGCCCGCAAGACCUGCAGCGUGUCCUCCAGCGGCUCCAUCAAGAGCGCCAAGGUCUUCAGCCUGGACGUGCCCGACCACCCGGCUGCCGCGGGGCUGGCCAAGGGCGACUCCAAGUACAUCGAGAAGGGCAGCCCCCUCAACAGCCCGCUGGACCGGCUGCCGCUGGUGCCGGCGGGCAGCGGCGGGGGCGGCGGCGGGGGCGGCGGCGUGCACCACCUGGAGGUGAAGCCCGCCUACCCCUGCAGCGAGCACCGACACAGCUUCCCAGCCCUGUACUACGAGGAGGGCGCCGACAGCCUGAGCCAGCGCGUGUCCUUCCUCAAGCCGCUGACCCGCUCCAAGCGGGACUCCACCUACUCGCAGCUCUCGCCCAGACACUACUACUCAGGUUACUCCUCCAGCCCUGAGUACUCAUCCGAGAGCACGCACAAGAUCUGGGAGCGCUUCCGGCCCUACAAGAAGCACCACCGGGAGGAGGUGUACAUGGCUGCCGGCCACGCCCUGCGCAAGAAGGUCCAGUUCGCCAAGGACGAGGACCUGCACGACAUCCUCGAUUACUGGAAGGGGGUCUCGGCCCAGCAGAAGCUGUGA